CGCAUUUUGUCCAUACCUGAGGUUAAUAACGGGUGGUAUUUUAUUCAGCUAUAAACUCGCAUAUUGUUUGCACUUCAUUGGAGAGUUCUUUGACGGUAUAUGAUGAUGAGUAAACUCCCAAGUCACAUUCUUGAUGUUCUAAACGCAUUUAAGAGCAUGUCUGAUACGAGUUACAUGUUCGGUCAAAAGCAAUUGGACUUAAUUUUAAUUGGCAAAACAGGACUUGGAAAAAGCGCCACAGGUAAUUCCAUCUUACGGAAAGAAAAUGUGUUUAAAAGCAAUUACAGAUCUACAUCUGUGACAAAAAAGCCACAGUACGAAUGGAGUAGUUUUGAAAAUUAUAAAAUACAAGUCGUCGACGCACCAGGAGUAAUUGAUACAGAUUCAAAGAAAGAUGAGGACAUUAAACUAAUCACAGGAGCCAUGGAGGAGGCUGUGGAAGUUAAUCCGGACGGUUACCACGCUUUUUUAGUUGUUGUACAAUUUGCACAACGAUUUACUACAGAUGAACAAAAAGCUAUUCAAAUACUAAAAGGUAUACUAGGAGGAGAUUUUCUUAAAAAUUACGGCAUUAUCAUCUUGACCAAUGGGGAUGGUUUCAAACGAGAAGAAAAAAAAGGUUUGACAAUGGAAAAAUAUUGCAAUAAAGAGAAAGGUCCUUUCAAAGACCUUUUAAAUGAGUGUAGCAACAGAAUUGUUUUGUUCGACAACGUUACGGAAGAUACCGCAGAACAGAACAAGCAAGUUAAAAAUCUAAUUGAAAUGGUGGAGCGUCUCCCUAAUGGCGGAGCUAGAUACUCAAAUGAACUUUUUGAAAAGGCUGCACUUAAACGUAAGCACAUGUAUAUUACCUCAAAACUACCCAAGAUCCGAAAAGACACAUUGGAAGCUCAAAGUUUAUUUUUGGAUGAAAUAAAAAAAUGCGAUUUUGAGCGAGACGUAAGUAAGAAAAUAGAUGCAUUGGUACGUCUUUUGCCACAAAUUGAUGCUAUUAUCAAAGACUUAACAGAAAAAGAUCAGGGCACUGGAGCACUGAAGGAAUUGUUAGAUAACGUGAAGCAGACCAGAACUGACGCGACGAAUAAAAUAAACCACGCUACUCAAAUAAUUGAAGAUGAUAAAAAAAUGAAAGCUCUGGAGGAGAAGAUAAGAAAUAAGGCAAAUGAGUUGAUUUUAAAGAAAACAAAGGAACUCGAGGAUCACAAAUUAGCAGCAGAAAAAAGAAUGCAGAAUGAAUUGAAAGAGUUUCAGCUUAAAUUGGAGAAUAUGGUUAAGGAGGAAGCGGAAAGAAAAAGAAAGAAAGAACUCGAGAAAGAACAAAAAAAAGCUGAAAUGAUGCGAAUGCAGGAAAAAUUGAAUAAACCUAUGCUAGAUCACCAGAUGGAAAAGGGUGAGAAAAGUUGCACAAUCAUGUAA